UUCCGUAAAAUAGAAUUUCGUUCAUUGUUGUUUCGUAAAUUGUAAGCAUCCACAGAAAAAUGAUAAAAGAUGGAAUUACUAGCAUAUCUUUUUGGAUUAAUUAAUCUUAUUAUUUGUCUUGAUGAUUGUAACGGGAAUGUUAUCGAAAUAAAUACAGAUGAUUUCAAACCAUUAUUUAAAACUGCAGCCUCAGAAUUCUCACAUCAUGAGAUUGUUAGACCUGUGAUAUACAAAGGUGACCAGCAGUUGCCUUCAACAAAAGAUAAGACUGGCCACCAUAGUGAUGUAACAAUAAAGUUCCAUACACUACAAGAUAACUUUGUUAUAGACUUGAUCAGAAACAGACACCUGUUUUCUAAAGCAUAUGUAGAAAAAGGAUAUACAGAUGACAAGAGUUAUAAAAUAAAAAAGCCACACCAUAAAAAGUUAAAGAAACAUUGUUUUUACCAUGGUCAUAUACGAGGUGAACCAGAUUCUAUGGUUGCUCUUAGUACAUGUGAUGGUAUAAGUGGGUAUAUAAGAAGUAGCAGUGGCGUAUUUCAUUUAGAACCUGCAUUUGAUGUUGAUAAACUCAGCCAUAGAUUAUAUAAAGAUGAGCACAGCCUUUCUUCACCAACAAAUUGUGAUGCUCAUCAUAUAGGGCCAUCUAUAACUGGCAAUGUAUCUGUACAGAUGGAUUAUAAAAACAAUGUUAUAAAACGGAUGAGAAGAAGUGUAAGGCAACCAUAUGAUGCUAACAUUAAUACUCGUUAUGUUGAGAUGUAUGUAGUAAAUGAUUAUAGAACUUUUAGCAGCAACGGUAAGGAUGAGCAAUUCCAGAUUUACAAGACUCAGAAUAUCAUCAAUAUUGUUAGCAGGUUAUAUCAACCAUUCAACAUAUAUAUAGCACUGGUAGGUAUAGAGAACUGGCUCGGGCAAGAUUUAUUCACAAUAACGCAGGAGGCCGACACAACAUUAAAAAACUUCCUGCAUUACCGAAAGUCUCGGAUCAAUCCGGAACAUCCCAAUGAUAAUGCACAACUAAUCACGAGUACAAAUUUGCUUCGGGACACACGAGGCACAGCUAGGUCUCAUAGAGGUGCGAUAUGUACCUUUGAGUAUUCAGGUGGCGUUAAUGAGGUUUGUUACUUACAACAGCAGGGACAAACAGCUACGACGAUAGCUCACGAGCUGGGGCACAACUUUGGCAUGGAUCAUGAUAACUAUACUAUAUGUCAAUGUAAGGAAGAGAAAUGCAUCAUGGCUGCCACCAGUGGCGGGUAUUUGAAGGAUUGUAAGAACAAAUGUUGUAAUGCCACCACAUGUAAAUUAACACCAGGAUCUAUGUGUGCCUCGGGUGGAUGCUGUGAUCUUAAUACAUGCAAGCCAAAAGCAGCGGCGACAUUAUGUCGUGGGAGUGUAGGAGAAUGUGAUUUACCGGAGUUUUGUAAAGGUGAUGAUCCAGUAUGUCCGGCAGACGUAUUUCUACAAGAUGGCGUGGACUGCUACAAUGGACAGUCAUAUUGUUACAAUGGUCAAUGUAAGACUCACACUGGUCAGUGUAAGUUACUAUGGGGAAGUACUGGUAGAGUCUCGGACCCUGUCUGCUUCCGGCAUCUCAACUCUAACGGUAGCAAACAUGGUAACUGCGGAUAUAACUGGACAAUGUCUACGUACAAACCUUGCCAGAGAGAAAAUGUUAUGUGCGGAUUGUUACACUGUGUUCACCAGAAUGAGAAGUUGAUGUUUUGGAAGGACAAUCUCGCUAAAGCCACACCAGCGACUUUUUUGACAAUAGGACCACAGACUUAUGUGUGUAGAGGUGCUGUACUUGAUGUUGGCCUUGAUAUGCCGGAUCCUGGCAUGGUCCCAGAUGGUGCCAAGUGUGAUGACAGAAAGAUCUGUGUAGAUCGAAAGUGCACUGCCUUGAGUAGCCUCAAUUUCUUGGGUUGUCCCGGCGGAUGUUCAGAUAGAGGGGUGUGUAACAGUAAGGGACACUGCCAUUGUGAGGAAGGUUGGGGCGGUGGUGAUUGCGAUGAAUCUGGUAAUGGUGGCAGUGUGGACAGUGGUCCUAUCAAAAUAAAUGAUGAUAAGAGUCUGAUGAUUGGAUUGUUAGUAUUUUUCUUGCUCGUACUGCCCAUUAUUGGUCUACUCGCAUUCAUAGCUUACUAUUUCCGUGCCACACUUCUGGUUUUGUGGAAUGACAGAUUCAACUUGAAAUACAAGAAUCAGAAGCGACCUCUGCGACCGGCCCGACCUCCGCCAAAGAGAGAUCACUCACCAGUAAGACAACCACCAAAGUAUAAGCCACCUGCAGAUACAAAACCUCUCAGACCCCAGCCGGCAAGACCACAGCAACCAAACCUCAAUAAUAACCGUACUGGAAUAUCUGUCAAUGUAUCGAACCCUGUACUGACUGGUACCACUCACGGCAAUACAAAAUCUCAUGUGAAACCCAGUCCGGUUCCCGCUCACAAACCUGCAGUACCAAAACCACCGCAGAAACCUUACAAAGGAGCUAGUAACCAGUCUGAAAUAAAAACCGCUGUAAAUAAUGAAACUCCGCCUACAGAGAGUAAAUCAAGAUUUGCUCCGAUAUUUAAAAUACCAAGUUUUUCAAAGAGUGAUAAGCAAGGAUCGCAGAACGUAAAACCAGAUGUGGAAAAGGCAGAGGAGGCUCCUGUUGCAAAUAUUGUAAAGAAGAGAGAAUUAACGAGGAACAUUUCGAGCCCAGUAUUGAUAAGUACAACAGACAGGAGGUCUAAACAUCUUGUAAAACUAGAAAAUUUAAAUUUAGCGCAAUCUCACGAAGAUGUAGAUACUCCACCACCGCCGGUGCCUCCUAAAGUCAGUCUUGGAAACGAAUAUGAAAAUACAACAAGUAGAAGACACCGUCCUUUACCGCCACGUCCCAUGUCGAUGCCUGAAAGUGAAUGUGGUGAUGAUAUAGAUACAGGGACGAAGGAAAGUCGGAAAUCUGCAGUCAUGGCAACCAAUUCUCCCAGAAUGCCACAGCAACCACCCCCGCCACCAGUCAAACCAAAUGUUGAUAAUACUAGGAGAAUGCUUGAGGAGGAACUAUCAAAAUUAGAUGACAUUAAUGUUGAAAUACCGAGAGACAGUCCUGACAGACAACUUCCAAACAUUUCAUCAAGUCCAUCAAAACCUAAAAAUGUCAAACCCAAACCACGUGCUACAGUCUCAAAGAGUGCAGAUACAAAAGUUUCAUUACAUCCCAAAACCCCUGCAAAUAAAACUAAAUCUGACACAAAACCCAGUCCUACAAGCUGGAGUACAAAUGAAAAACCUAUUUUUAACCCAAAAGCCAGACCAGGUCUUUCAUCAAAGAAAACAGGCAGUGGAGGCCAAGUAAAUCAGCAAAAAAGCUUAAAACCCAGUGAGCCAGCUAGGAAACCUUCCACAGAAUCGCUGGAAGAUGAUCCAAACGCUGGUGCCGCAAGUGUUGCAGGACUUGCAGAAAGGUUCGAAGUGCAAAAGAAACCUUUAAUCAGUGAUAGAAAUGUGAAAAGAACUCAGUUUCAAGGUGGUGCGAAAGCUCCUAUGACUCCACCCAAACCAAGAUCAGGAGCAAAACAAAUCAGAAGUGUUGAUGUAUAAAACUACACAUUGUUUUGUUCGGGUUUUUUGUUUUGUUUUUGUUUCCAAACAAUAUACAUAUAUAUAUAAGCUCAUGUUCUUAAGGCUAAAAAUUCGGUUGAUAUACUUUAAGUUGAUUCUUGUUAAAAAUGGUCCAGUGUCAAUUUAUUUCAAAAUGAUAACGGGAAAUCCUGUAUAAUGAAUGGAGGCAACUGUAUAAUCUGAAAAAGAUUAUGUAUCUUUAAUAUUUUUUUUUUUUACAAAUUAUGGUUACAAAUUUGAUAAAAAAAGGACUUGAUUGACAACUAGAAAUUACAAAAAUUUAUUCUCAUAUCUUAGUAUUGUCCAUUAAUGAAAAAUAAUCACAAAUAGCCAAAAUUGCUGAAAGUUUUGUAUUCAUGUUUGCAAUUCAAAUCUCUCUAAACAGUGCUGACAUAAGACGACCUUGAAAGACAUACAGAGGGCAUUUAUAAUUUAUACACAUGAUCAUGUUAUUCACAUAUGUAUUUAAUCAAAGAAAUGAAAACCUGUAUGAAAGUGGAACAAAAAUAAAGUGGUAAUACUCUAUAUAUUGAUUUAGAUACUAAAACAUGAGUGAGAUAUAAAUGUAUGUAAUAUCUCACUGUUUAAAACUGAGUGAAAUAUAGAAUAUUUGAGCUGUGUCACAACAAAACCAACAUAGUGCGUUUGCGACCAGCAUGGAUCCAGACCAGCCUGUGCAUCCGCGCAGUCUGAUCAGGAUCCAUGCUGUCUUGCUUACCAACUCUAUUACAAGUAGAGAAAGUGAUAGCGAACAGCAUGGAUCCUGAUCAGACUGCGCGGAUGCGCAGGCUGGUCUGGAUCCAUGCUGGUCGCAAGCACACUAUGUUGGUUUUGUCGUGACGCGGCUCAUUUAUUCCCGUGCUAUACAUUAAAAGGCAUUAAAAAGUAAAUUGCACAAUGUUCAACAUAUAAAUGAGAUAUAAGUAAUAUUUCACUGUUUAACAGUGAGUGAAAUGUAGAAUGUUUAUUCCUAUUCUAUACACUCAAAGGCAUUAAAGAAAAUUGCACAAAUGUACAAAGAUUUUCAUGACAUCAUUUAGUUAAGCAUCAUUUAGCAUCAUUUUUCAUAAUGUUUGAUUACAUUGUAGUUAUAAUGCAAAAACUAUAGAAUGUGGUGGAAGAUAAAAAGAAAACUUGUUUGUUUUUGAAUGUAUAUCGAUGAAUGUAUAGCGAUGACUGUAUAUCAAAUAUAUCUCACCUUAUUGUGAGAAUAUAUUUUUAUAUUUUCAUUUGAGCUGUGGAAAGCUUUUAAAAGUUCUCUCUUCCUAGUGAGAUAUAUUUCAUAUUACAUGAAUCUAGAAAAAACAUGCAUCCUCUAUGUAUUAUCAAUAUUAAAGUGAAUUGGACUAUAAUAGGCACAUUUUUAGGUAUUUCAAAUAUUGAUAAAAAAAAAAUAGAAAUAUAUCACUUGGACAUUCUUAUAAGAUAAUGCUUGAAAAAAUGGUUCACAAAGUUCUUAGUGAUUUUUUUUUUUUUUUUUAUGAUAAAUAAUAAUAUUUUGCUCCAGAACAGUUUAUUAUCUGCCAUAUAAAUAUAAUGUAAUAUAGGAUCAUGUAUCUCACAGUUGCAAACAAUAUCCAUAAACAAUUCUGUCAUGGUUUGAUUUAAUGUCUAAUACUAAACAUUUACAACAUAAUUAUCUGUUGUAUUACAGACCCUUCAUUAUAGACCAAUUCACUUUAAUGAUAUAUCAACAUUGAGCAUUUGUAUAAUUUCAAUACGCCUCGGACAUUGACAGCCCUACUUCCAUAUUAUCUUAAUCUCUUGAAUGCCAGUAUAUAUACAUAUUUACGUUUUAUAUGUAAAAGUUGAUUUUUCACUUUGAAAUCAGAUUAGUGUUUAUCAUGCUCUUUCCUGUAUAACAUACUCUGUUACUAUUACCGUAUAUCAGUAUAAAGAUUGGUCAACCCUUAUGCAUUCUGGGAUAAUUCUCGUCUGCUAGAUGCCAUCUGUUUAAUUUUUGGAUUUUAUUUGAAAAUAAUUUUAAUUUAUCUUUUAAAAUAACAAAUUCUAAAGCAUGGCUGUCAAUCAGCUUGGUGAUUCCUGACAAGAACAUUGGGUACUCAACGUCGGAACUUGACGUCUGAGGAACUCGACUUUAGGUCUGGAACCAAACUACUUAGACUAUUGUGGGUACUUCCUGCAGGCAGAAGUUUAAUUAGUUUAAAUAAAGUAUUGUCUUGUUCAAACAAUAAUUUUUUGUCAAAGAAUAAUAAUCCCAUUUCAUAAGUUACAUUUUGCUAUGGAUGUGUCCUUUUUUUCUUUUUUGUAAAAAUCCUUUUUAAAGUAGAUUCAUGUACAUGUAUUAGAUUAAAUGUGUAAAAUUCUUUAGAUAUAUAGAUAUUUAUUACAGUCAGACAACACAUGUCUUGUGAAUUGUACCACAGUUGGUUUUAUUUAGCCCUUAAAGGUCCCAUUUUACUCUUAGAAAUCUUAUAUUAUGCUCUUUUUUUAAGGCCUUAACAAAAAUUUAAAAGGUCAGUAGAUAUGCAAUUUUUAGCUUAAAUAUUUUUGACAUACUUUUUAUUACAGACUUUCUUCGUCUGUUAACAGAAGAGAAUAUUCCAGUCUUAGAUGUCUUUCAGUUUCCUUACUUGAAAAUGAAUUAUAACAGAGAAAUGUGCUUACAAAACUGGGAAAAUAUCACUUUAGUCACAUUUUUAGUCACUUCAAAUGCUAAAAAUAGUAAUUUGAAAAAAAGAAAAAAAAAUCAUAUUCAAGGGCAGAUAACUAAAAGAUGAAGUUGGUAACCCCCAUUUUUUUAGCUUAAAAUGUAUCUGUUACAAUACUCUAAGAUUAUGUAAAGUUUAGAUAAAUUCUAUUAUCCUGCCUAUAUGUUUAUAUGAAAGCUUAAACAUAUGCCUUAAAACUGAAUUGGGCAAUAUUUAUAAGAAUCUUAAUUUUAUGUCAAUUACUUAUUAGGUACGAUUAAGCUUGAAAGAAUGACAUUGUAUUUAAUGUUACCUAAACUGGAGAGAUAUAAUACUACACCCAGAUAUCUGCUGUGAUAUAUUGUGUAAAUCAUGUAUCAUAAUUACUCGCCUAUAGGUCUGACCAUACUAUAAGUUGGGGGUACGAAUUUUACAUUGAAAUAAUCGACAGCGUAAAAUUUUAUGUAUUUUUAUGAUCCACUAAAUAGAGUGAGAAUUUUACAUUGAAAUCAUUGAGAGUUGUUUGAACUGUCAAUUAUAAUUUUAUGUAUUUUUAUUAUCCACUUUCUAUUAUCCACUAACGCUGUCAAAAAAAUGGGUGAAAAAAGUCUUAUAGGCGAGUAAAUAUGGAUAAUAUAAACACUUUAUCUUGCCUACUUAUGUUCAUAUAUGUUUUGUGUUCAUAUUGUUUUCAUUUUUCAUUGUUGUAUGAAGUGACACAGAUUGUCAAAUUUCAAAAAUAUUUUUUUAACCUUCUGGAACCAAAAAUGAUUAGUCUAGAGUAAAGAAUAUUGUCGCAAUUUUAUUUGUUUACCAUAUGUUAACUACCUUUCUAUUGAAACAAUUCAGUUAAACGUUAGUAAUACCUGGGCAAUUACAUAUUCUCGCAAGUCAUACUGAGUAAGGUAUAUAUAUAUUUAUAUGUCUUUAUUGUAAAUCUUAAACAAAUAUAUUUAUUCCUGUCAUAAGCCCCUUUAUCUAUUCUCAGGACAACUUCUUUAUUUAUCUCAAGUUCUAAAAUCAUGUACAAUAUUUAUUGGUCCUGUUAUUUUUAGCUCGACUAUACGAAGUAUAUGGAGAGCUGUCCUACUCGCCCCGGCGUCCGCGUCCGCGUCCAGAUUUUAGAUUAAAGUUUUGGUGCAGUAAAAUAUUUUUCACUAUAACUUUGUCAUUUCUUAAGGUAUCAACUUCAAACUUCAAAUAUAUGUUCCUUAUCAUCAACCACAUCUUAUGUGAGAAGGUUCAUAACUCUAGCACCAAUAUUUUCAGAUUUAUCUCCCCUUGAACUUAGAAUUUUCCUUAAAAAAUACUAUUUUUUACUGAUACUUCUUUAUUUCUUAAGGGAUCAACCUCAUACUUCAAAUAUAUGUACCUUAUCAUCAUCCCCAUCUUAUGUGACAAGGUUCAUAACUCUAGCACCAAUAUUUUCAGAUUUAUCUCCCCUUGAACUUAGAAUUUUCCUCAAAAAAUAAUAUUUCUUACUGUUUCUUCUUUAUUUCUUAAGGGAUCAACCUCAUACUUCAAAUAUAUGUACCUUAUCGUCAUCCCCAUCUUAUGUGACAAGGUUCAUAACUCUAGCACCAAUAUUUUCAGAUUUAUCUCCCUUUGAACUUAGAAUUUUCCAUAAAAAAUAUUAUUUUUUACUGUAACUUAUUUAUUUCUGAAGGGAUCAACUUCAUACUUCAAUUAUAUUUACGUUAUCAUCAUCCACAUCUUAUGUGACAAGGUUCAUAACUCUAGCACCAAUAUUGCAAGAAUUAUCUCCCCAUAAACUUAGAUUUAUUUACUAGAAAAAUGUUAUUUUUUAUUUUAACUUUUUUAUUUUUAAAGGUAUCUACCUCAAACUUCAAAUACUUAUUCCUUAUCAUCAAUUACAUUUUAUGUGACAAUGUCCAUAACUCUUGAAGCAAUAUUUACAGAUUUAUCUCUCUUUGAACUUAGGAUUUUCUUUAAGAAAUAUAAUAACUUCUUUAUUUUUUAAGGUAUCUACUUCAAACUUCAAAUAUAUAUUUCUUAUCAUUACACAAAUGUUGUGUGGCAAGGUCCAUAACUCUAGCAUGACUAUUUCUAGAAUUAUUCCCCUUGAUCUUGGAAUUUAUGUUAACAAAUGUUAUUUUUUACUGUAACUUAAUACAUAAUUAUACAUAAUUGAUUUUUCUUUCAUAGUUUUGUCCUCCUUACUGCGUCCAGUAUUUCAUUAGUCGAGCUUCGCUGUCUCCUGUGACAGCUCUUGUUGUUUUAUAACCUUAAAAAUUCAACGUGAGAUGCCACCAGUAAAGUCGGGUGAGCCUGAGUGUCUGUAGAAUCUGACCAUUUCUAUUGUUUCAUGUUCUAAUACAGAAUCCCUUGAAGCACUAAUGGACUCCUCCAAAAUAUAAAAGACAAGUCCAAUACAUAACUUUAACAAAGAAAAUGUUUUAGAUAAUUAGAAAGAGACCAGCAAACUAUGAAGGAUUUAUUGUGAUAAAAGAAGUUGAUUGGCAAAUGUUGCUGAUGUUAACCCUUGUGCACUUAAGUUUAAUUGAUUUGAUCAUUAAUUUUGUAUGAUAUAAUGAUAAAACUUUAUAAAACGGAUGAAUUUGUUAAUAGUUCAUCAUUAUAUUUUCAAACAUAAUGAUCCUAAAUAGAAAAAUUUUCAAAGGUAAUACUUUAUCAGUGGAACCAAAGGCUAUAAGUGCUAGGCAUGGAUAGCACAAGCCAAAACAGACUCAAUGGUCAAGGCACUGUAACAAUGACCUCUUGAAAAGGUCAAGGUCAAAAAAAUUACUACUGAGUCAUACCAAUUUAUAUUUUGCUUUCUGUCUGGUCAUAUUUGUCCAUGUGAUACUUGAAUUAUAUGUGAGAAUAUGUACCAGUGUAUGUUAAAAAAUAUUUUUUUAAUAGUUAAAAUACAUAGUUGCCGUAAGGUAGCUUUAAGUGCCAUACCAUAUCUGUACAUUAAUUUGACAUAAAAGAUAUAAUCACCUGGUGUUUUUUUCUAGUAAAGUAUUAUUGUUCUACAAAAUAGUAGUAAAAUGUAAUCUGCAAUAGAAUAGUAUAGAUAUAGAUGAAGUAUAUCAAGUUAUAUUGAUGUAUUCAUCAGAUCACGUAUAGUUUUGCCGAUUAUUCCAGCUAUACAUAUAAUCUAAUUUUUAUUAUGAUACUCAUGUGAACUCUGUAUGUUUUUAGCCUUUUGUUCAAACACUGUAGCUGUAGGAAAAUAUUUGAUGCAAAAUUAGACACCAUUUUUAAUGUCAUUGUUGAAGAUAUUGUAAUAUAUAAUUUGCAACAGAAUUUGUAUAAUAAUUAUGGUAAUCAUUUAUUUACAAAAACCAAAUGUAAUGUUUUCCUUACAAGUUUGCUUGUUUUAUGCAACGGAUUUUAAAUUUUUUAUGUUUGCAGUUUAUGACAAAAUAAAACAUUUUUUCACAUUUUAUAAGUAAGAAUCAAUAGAGUUUAUUUAUAUGACAGUUGGUUUCUUUUUUAAUUGAAAUAAAUAUUUAGUUUUUACAUUUUUUUUAACAAAUACAUUCUGCCAUAUAAGAAUUGACAAUGUUGACAAAACAGGGAUGAAGUGCAAUACAUGUAUAUUAUAAACCUUUGACAAUUUUUAUUCUUAAAAGAAAAAACAAAUAAUUUUAUUUUACUUUAUUUGUUCAUUUUUGUGUAAUUUUACUUUUUUUGUUUUUCAAAAAAAGAACUUAUCUCUUGUCUUAUUACCUGUAUGAAGAUUGAAAUAAUGAAAAAAGUACAAUACUUAUGAGGGUUUUUUUUCAUUCUGAUAAUUAUGUUUACCAGUAACUGAAGUCAGUACAAUAUGAAUAGAAUAUAAGUUUGUUUUCUUUGAUACACAGUCCUUUGUUUGUGACCCUUUGUAUUCCCAGGUAUAAGAUACAAACUUGUGCAUUCAUACAUUUUGCUGCUUAGUCUGUAAUUUUUAUUCCUUCAUUAAUCAUGAUUAUUGACAUCAGCAAUACAGCAAACCAGUAAAAUCUCCCAGUUUUUUAGGGGGUGGGGGAAUGCAGAUGUUUUAUUUAAAAAACAAUUUUUUAUAGAUGUACUGUAUAGAUUUGUUUUGUGAUUUAAGUAUGAUUCAGUAGCAUUGAAAAAAUUAAUGGAUCUCUGUAAUGAGUUUUAAUAUAUCAAAUUGUAAGAUUUUUACAAUACUUUUGUCUUUGAACUACCGGUAUAAGUUUGAGUAGUAGUAGGAUGUUUAUGGCUGUAAGAUGGAAAAAAACAACAGCAAUUUUGUCCUGGAAUGUCUUUUUCGUUUCAUGCAAUCAAAUUACUACAUCUCCUGAUCUGGUUUGUUUUCACUUGUACAUUAUCACUGGCAAAACUGUGUAAUAAGUCAGUGCAGCCUGUAAUUCAAUAGAUUUUUUUCCCCGUUUUCCAAUUCAGUUACUUUUUUGUUUGUUCUUUAAUAUUUUAUUUGGGUAUCUUUUUUAAUCAUAGACUCAAAAUCUAGCUGAUGGACUGAUUUUUAGAAUGUUGCUCUUAGAUAUAUUGCUACUACAUGUAUUUAUAUCUUUUGUUUUCAUCUACAAAUUUAUAAUUAGCUACAAAAUCAUAUACAAAACUUGCCUAUAUUCCAAAAAUCCUUAUAAAUCAUGAUCUACAAAAUCUUCAGAAAUUUGUCAAACUUAAUUUUGUUAUUCAUAUGUAAUAAUUUUGUGUAUUUAAUAAUAUUUCUGUUCCAAAAUGUGUUAUGUUAUAGCAGUGUAUUUAUGCUCAUUUAUCUUGUAUUUGUUUAUACAUUAUUUACAAGAAUAAAGUUAUGUGUAUUUA